UCGAUCCUCUGCAUAUUCCAUAUUUUUACCAUUAACCACUUGUUCCACUUCACCACCUUACUACCUGUCACAUUUUCACCGGGCGUCUGUCCCCCUUAUCUCACCCGACAGCCUUCACUCAUCUUCUCCCACUUGUCUCACACUCUUCUUCACUCCCUCUCUUCUACUUAGCCUUCCCUCUUCCUCAGACUUCCAAUCCAACUCCAUCACUUUCCAACCUUCGAGCUCCCCACUACUUGUCCCACUGCAACCAUCCUAAGCACACCGACCUACACUCACUAUAUCGUUCAAGAUGCCUCCCAAGAACGGUGAAUCCAGCUCCAGCAGCAAGAUGGUCUCAAUUGAUACUGUCGCCAUCCUCCUGAUGGCCUUAGGGGCUACCACUAUCAGCCAGAAGCAGCUAGAGAUGAUGUCUGCCAUUGACGGUACUCGUACCGCCAAAUCGUUCUCCCACCAGAUGCACGAGAUCACCAAGAAGGCGAAAGAGUUGAAGGCCCGCGUUGAUGCAGGUGAAGAGUUCGUGCCAGUCCAAGCCAAGAAGCGCGGCGCCACCCAGAUGUCCUCCGCAUCCGUCACUCCACCGAAGAAGAAGGCCAAGGGUGCGGCCAGUGCUCCCAAGGCGAAGGGCCGGGGCAAAGUCAAGACGGAACCAGAGGGCAGUGCCUCACCGUUCGACAACCAAGACAACUUCUACGAUGCCCACGACGCCCGCAAUGGAUAUGACGACGAGGCUGAGGGACAUUCCGACGUGGCCUGAACUAUGAGGCGGUACGGCACGGAGUCACUAGAAGAUUCAACGAUAUCGACGACUUCUCACGAGGCUUUUCUUUCUGGCAGCUCAAGUCAUUUUCUUCCGAUGGGGUUCACAUGGUUGACCGACGUGGCUGCGGUCUCUUCUUUGGUCUCUUGAGGGCCUACUUGGGUUAUGGGACGGCA